UUUAAAGCUGUAGUGAAAACGAACUUCUUUCGCGGCACAAACAAUGUCCAACUCCACGGAACAAACCCUAGACGAAGAUCACGGGCCUUCGACCACCGAUCAAAACCCUAACGAGCAGAGCGACCAGCAGUCCCAGGAAUGGGAGACCAUGGCUCGCGCCUGGCUCUGCUCGUUCCCCGAGGCCAAAGCGGUCUCCAUGGACGAGGUCGAAGCCUGGAUCGACGCCAACCACGGUUCUCUUCCCGAAGGAAUCAGAUCCAUGCCUCGCGCAGAUCUCUGCCAGAGGCUCAUUUCCAUCCAGAAUUGCAUGAGACUCCCCUUUCAGGAAAAAGAAGCGAGUCAGUUCGAUAGUGAGAAUCCACCGUAUCGAUUUCAACGUACUGAUCAAUGGCGACCGGUGUAUAUUUGGUUAGAAUCUUUGAAUCAAAACGAGGUGGUGAAGUCUAAAGAAAUUUCUGACUGGCUGAGUGCGAAUCCGGAUGUCCAAGAACAGUUGUGCUCUCGGCAUUCCCGAUAUCAUUUGAUGCACUACAUCAAAAAGUGCCAUAUAAAGAUAUUGAAGAGAAAAGAAAAGAAGAUGGGUGGGCAGCAGCAAAACAAAGAAACUUCUCUAAAGGUUCGCAGGACCGUGGUGAUGAAACAACCAGCGGCGCUUCCAUACAGUGCGGUUAGCAAUUUACCUAAAGAUGGUGAUGUGUACAUGACAAAAAGAAAGGAAGCCUAUCGCAAAUUUGAGAUUUUGGUGGAGUUGGAGAAGUUGCUUUCCCCAAUUUUCUCAAAGGGUCAGCUGUGAAGUAAUGAAGCAAUCUUGAAACAGCAAAUAUAUGCCCACAGAUCAAAUGUAUGCAAACUCGGAACGGCCAUGCUGACUCCCCUUUGGUAAAUAAUAUUUUUUUCACAAUUGACGACCAAAGAUCUUCUCUCCAAUGCGGCUCAAGAGUCUUAGGGAAGUUUUCGUCCUUAUAGAUAUAAUGAGGGACAAAGUCUUGUGUCUCUUUGUACAAGAAAGGCCUUAAGAAAUUUACUUUGGUGUGUUAUAUGUGUUACUGGAUAUAAGCAGGAUAUUAUCUGGAAAAAUUUGCAAUGUAUUGCUUAAUAUACCGUUCCGCUGGCAGCAUGUUUCCAAAUUUCCAAUUUGUCUUGAUUUCAAGGGGAAAAUGCAAAAUUAAAUAUGUGCUGUCCAAGUUAUAAUGUGUAAUUUACAAGGUAUAUAUAUAUUUGCUCCUUUUGCUGUU